UUGUAUGUAGCUGCUACAACGAAUUACGCCGACUAAAAACGAAGUGUCCAAUUGCCAACGAGCGAGUAUGCACACGAAGCACCAUGCACAGUAACGACACUGCUGCUGCCAUGGAGCAUGGAUGCUAGGAUGCGCCGAUUUCGCAGGCUGCGUGGAGAGCAAGCGAAGCACAGCGCACGACUGUGCUAUGCUGUGGCCCGUUCGCGCUGCUAAGGCGCUGCUAAAGGAGCAGCAGAGCAGCAGAGUUUUGCUUGAAUGCAUGUGGUGAAAAUCAGUCAUAACGAGAACGUCGUCGGGUGCUGUGUACGUUUUAGAGCAGAAGCUAGCAAUCAGUGAAGCUAUUCGCGCGCUGUGAAAAAAAUCAAAUUUACCCACAUACACGCACACACAUAUACACGCACAACACAUACACGCGCGUACCGAACGCGCAUACAACAAGCAAGCAAACACAUAGCAAUCAAAAGCAACAACAUGAAAUUCCUGUGAAAUAUAUACAUCGCUCUAUAUAUCACGCUAUAUAUCUAUAUACAUAUAUAUAUCUGUAUAUAUAUAGUAGAAAAAUGUAAUAUAAAUCGGUGGCAAGUGCAGGGAUGUGCGAAAUUCCGUGAAUUUACAUGUGUCGUCGUUAGAAAAUAUGGAAAUAAAUGUUUACAAGUGUGCAACAAAAUCAAAAGGUUGGUGUUUUGUUGGUGUAGUGUUGCCAGAAAAUUACGAUAAGCUGGCAAAAGCAGCAAAAUUAUAGAGAAAAAUAUAUUAUUGUCAGCGAAAAAGUGCACGCGAGUGUAGUGAAUUAUAAAAAAAAUAAUAAUUACAACAAAAAUUUAAUAACAACAAAAUUUUCAUUACAAAAACAAUUUGACAUUUAGUUGUCUAUGAGAAAAACCGUUAGAAAUUCGCUACGGAAAUAUUGACAAACAAAGUGCAAGCGCCGAGCAGCAGCAGCAAAGCAGCGGCAGCGCUAGCAAUUACCGUUAUAACUUCAGUCGCAGCUACGUCAAUUGCAAAACAAUUUUUUUCGAAUUAAAGGCAGCGAGCAAGAAAUCCCGCAGCAUCAAAAAAAAACGGCAAAAAAAUAGCAAAUGAAAUCGAACUGUGUGUGUAUGCAUGUAUGUGUGAGUGCAAAAAAGCAAAAAAAAAAUAAAUACCAGUGAAAUAACGCAGUUAUAACGGGGGCGUAUUGAUGGAUUAAAAGGUGGCAAGGAAGCCAGCGAAAAGUGUAAGAAGAAGAAGAAGAAGCAGGAAAGUUGCGUCGCGGGAGCGCUGCUGUGGGCCGACGGGGGGAGUAGCAACAGUAACACAGUAAUAAAGAAAAUAAAAGCAACAACAACAAGGCAUUGCUAAAGCAGCCAGCAAAUAGAAAUGCCAAAACAAAAACAAAAAUAAAGAAAACAACAAUAAAAACAAAAGUAAAAAAUAUAAAGCGAGAAGCGAAAGAGUAAAAGAAAAAAUUUUAAGGGAAAAGAGUAAAAAGUAAAAAGUAAAAAAUAAAAAAUAAAACCGAAAAGCGUAAAAAGGAAGAAGUAAACACGAACUAGGCGAAUUUGAGGCAAAUAAAACGGGCAAAACCGAGCGGCAGGCAGGCGUGAAAUAUAACGAGAAGAAAAACACUCGCUGGAAAUACUAGCAACAACAACAAAAAUAACAAAUUGCUGGAAAAAAACGAGAAAAAUAAAUGUUUGGUAUUUUGAACAAUUUGAAGCUUUCAAAUAUGCGACCAGCGAAGUGUAAGACACACACACAUAAUAAAUAAUAAAUGAAAUAACGUGUACUAGUGCGAAUAUGGCACUACAUACAGUUAAUCAAAAUUUUACGAAAUGUAGUUAGUGCAAAAUCGUGAAGCGAAAAUGGUGGGCUGACAUGCAAAGUGAUUGAAAAUAUUCACCAUUACGAAAAGGCAAUGAAAUUUAUGCAAAUAUGUGCGAAAGUGUAAAAAUAUAGUAAAUAUAUCGGAGUAUAACGGCAAGGUGCUUCACAUGGAAUACAGCAAUGGCCACGAGAACUGCGUGUGACUGCAAUUUAAAUUAGCAACGAUUUAACGGUAUAUUUUAGUGAAAAAUAAAACAAAUAUUUAUUUAGUAAGCGUUAAGUGUGUUAAAAAUAAUAAACUGCAUAGUCAAAGCGUUGUUUUGUGUUUUAAUAAUUCAUUUAGCUAUAAAUGGCAAUUAAAAAACUAACGGUAAUCAAAACUAGCGAGAAAGAAAUAAUUCAAUAAAAUAGCAAAAGCGUUCUUAUUGGUGUCUAUUAAGUGUUAAAAUAUUACAGUUAACUUAUUAACGUAUAAUUAUGCAAAUAUUAUGCAAAUAGUCAAUAAAUAUAUAAAUAAAUAUUUAUUUAGAAAUGCAAAAAAACGACGACAGCGCUGAACCAUUAUAAUGGCAACAGCGAAAGUGAGCGAAAAUAGCGGAAAUAAUUUACAAAAACGUUUAAAUAAGUGUUAGAAAAAAUUAUAUUAUAUAAGUAGUUAAAUAUAGCCGACGCGCAGGUGCAAAAUAUAGCAAAAAAAUAGUAAAAAAAAUUAAAAAAAAAAUUAAAUUAAUUAAUAAAAAAUUCAAAUACAAAAAGGUGCUAAAACAAAGUGUUUAAAAAAUAAUAAUAAUAACAACAAAAAUAUAUUAUAAAUUCAUGAAAUCAAAAAUACGAAAAAUAAGCGUAGUGAUUUUGUGGCUUUGCUUCAAAAAUACACAUUUAAUUUUUUUUCCUACGAACGCCUUUAAUUUGCAUUGAUUAACGAGCGCGCUGCAACGCCGAGCACGCGCGCACAACUUUUGAGUCAGCGCUACCACGUCGUCAAAAGCGCGCUGUUAGCGGACAACGUGCCAUCAUAUCAGCUGAAAGUAGCGUGACGAUUUGCCGCGUAGCGACGCUGCGCUCAAUGAGCGACGACGGCGGAACGCAAGCUUGACGCGCAUACACAGUUUUUCAGUUAACACUAGUGCGAUUAAGUAGUUAAAGAGAUUGAUAUUAUUACAUAAUAAAAACAUAUAUAACUAUAUUUAAUUAUAAAUAAAUAAGCGCACAUGGUGCUAGCAGAGAAAGCGCUGCAAAGAGCUUUUUAGAGUAAAUUGCAUAAACCCUAAAUGUAGGCAAUACAAAGUAACAAAUAAAGAAAAUUCAUACUUCAUUUAAGGAUUGAAGGUAAAUAACUUAAAAAGCACAAGAACAAAAAGUAUUUAGAAAAUAACUAACUUAAGCGCACAAGCUGGCAAUGGCUGCAACGUAAACGUUUACAGCUGUAGGACACAACGCACAUUGGCAUGUUUUUGGUUGCACCACAAACGCGCCACAAAUUGCCAAACAAAAAACCUAUUAGAAAAAUAAGCAAAGCCAGCAAUCGCAGGAGUGUAGACAUUUCGUGCCAAGCAAGCAAAGCUUACCACCCACCCCAACGGCAAGGACGCAGCCUUAACGCACACCUAACACACCAAUUCCACAACUCGAUUGAAGCCUGCGCACACGCGCGCGUAACGCCAACGCCCGCACAACAAGCACAAAUCAACCGCGCGUCAUUGCCGUUACACUACCACGCCAACGCACCAAUAACCAGCGCCUCCGCCCAACCAACAAUAGCUGCAGCGCUCUGCCGUUUAAGGUGGCGCGACAGCAAAUUCAACUGUAAAGCAACCGUAACCCAUACCGCGUUACCGCAAACCCAGCGGCGCACGCACACAAACACCCAACACAGUCGCGCGGUGCAAAUAAACGCACGCAAGCAUACACGUUCAGUAGCGCUUGGUGAACGCGCUGCCAUACGACAACCAUACAUAGAAACGCACAAGACUACACUACGCCGCUGGACAUCGCUGGACAUACGCGGGGCACAACACAGCAUUCGACGUCGAGCCGCCUGUGCGUCGCCUGUGCUGAAUAGCCGCUCAUUCUGGCCGCCUCACAUAACAGCGAAAGCGAUAACAACAAUUCUGUUAGCGGCAGUGGCAGCGAUAAGAAGUCCUUCUCGUUGCAUUGCUGUUGCGUGAUAGUCGACAUAACGCCAGUUUCACAGUCCGCGCGUUUGACAUCGGCAACAACGGCCUCGGGAAGGGAUGUAACCGCUGGCGGCAGCGGUGGUGGCGGUGGCGGCGGUGUACUCGGUGAUGGUGUGUCACAGCUAGCGAGUAGUCUUUUCCGUUUUGGCAGCAGCAAAAAACGCGGCGUCUGCAUUUGUAAUGCGCAGUGCCGAAUGCAGUCGCUGGAACAGGCACAAUUGGGUCAGCUGGACCCGGCGCUCAAGACACAUCACGGCUCAUUGGAUCGCCUCUUGCAGCAGCAGGAAAAGCAGCUGCAAUUAGCGCCACAACAACAACACCAACAAUUACAACAACGACCCAGCGCCUCAGCCGUGCACUCGAUGGGCGGCGUCAUUGAUGGUGGCGGCUCAGGCGCGCUGCUCGGCUCUGCCGAUUCGGAUGGUGACGGCGAUGAUGAGAAGGAGCCUGAGUUGCCGCCACGUCCACCAUCGCGCAUAAAAUCGCAAACGCACGUGCGUCACAUAAAGGAGGAAUUCGACCGCGGCGUGGAAGUGGAGAAGUUCUAUCACCAAAUCAAUGGCGAUAUUUUUGAGAUCACGCGGCGUGUGCGCGCACGUGAUGAGGACACCAUCGAACAAAAAGUGAUCAAGCGCAAAGGUUCGGUGCGCUUACCACCGGAGCCACCACCACGGCAAGCUUCGGCUGUGGCGUCAACAGCAGCAGGAGCGCUCCCGCAGGUUUAUCGCGCGCAUGGGCACGGUCAUGUGCAUCAGCAUCAUGUGCACCGUCAUGGCGUGGAGAGCGGCAAACCGCAGUUGCCACCGCGUCGUCAGAAGAGCGCUGAGGAGGUGCCGGUCUCGAAGAGCACAACGCGCGCACCUGAGGAAUUGGAAUGGUUUGAUCGUAAAGCGCAACAGAGACAUUCAGCACGUUCAGCUGAAAGCGGCGCGGUGCGCGAAGAGACCAUCGAGUGGUUGGCGCGUCAGAGAGGGCCGGUGCGUACGUCCUCUGGUCCUAGUGAGAUUACUGUAAUGAAGGAUGAGGUGCCCGAUUGGCUCUUAGAGCAUUUGCCACGCAAACGUUCCAUGGUCGAACGGCCAACCGAAUCGAAGACGAGCGCUGCUUCCUAUGCCAAGGCGCUGAAAGAGGAGCUGGCUGAACUGUUGAAGAAGCCAUUAUCCAGACAAAGCUCUGCUCAACAUAGCGAGUUUUCGUUGCUCAAAACCGACAUUGUUGAGUGGCUAACGAAAUUGCAGACGUCAUCGCGCAGCUCGGCGCGCGAGGAAGCGCCACCGCCGAAAACGCGUCGCGCGCAUCAUCGACGCAAUGGCAGCGGUGAUACGCAACGUUCGCACUCGCAGGAAGAUGCCACUGUCGCACAACAGGCGGCGCGCAAGCGGCACUCGUUGGGUCAUAGUGAUCGCAGCGAGGAAGAGAUGCUCGAUUGGAUUGCGUAUCCGCUGAAUAGGCUGCAAUCGUUAGGCAAGCCACCGCCAAUGCAACAGGUGCCGACGAUGGACCGACGUCAGCCAUUCGUCGAGUUGCAUCACAAGCCGGCCGUACCGCCGCUGCAGUCACAGCUACACCAACAACAGCCUAUAUGUGCAGAACGCGAGCGGCGAUCACAUGAACGUUCGCGCGAACGUAAGCUGCGACAUUCCGCUAGUGAAGUUGUGACUGCGCCCACCACCUCGGCCGCAGCGCAAAGCCAAUUAGAGCGUUUGUAUGCCAAACCGCACAAGGAGCGUUAUCAGUAUGUGCCUAAGGAUGCCAAGGAUAUAAUGUUGCCUCCCAAGGAGAGCGCUAUGACCACUGCCGCCACCAGCUCUACUGUACGCGAAUCGAAGCGUGAACGUUCGCGUCGCCAUCAGACACAACGUUCGGCCACCGUUUCGGACAUGUCCGGUCAUCACAACGGCGGCCUUAAACGCAAAUCGUCAUCGGCCGAACGUGCGCCGCGUUCGCCAUCGCCUUGCAAUGAUCCCGCCUGUCGUUUGCUCCCCAUUUGCACUGAUCCCCACUGCCGUUUCCUCGAAUGUCAAACAAUAGAACGCGGCGCCGGCAUGACAACAGUGACCACAUCGGCGUCAACGAUCAACCUCGCACGUCAUCAACAAGUGGCGCGCGCACAAAUGCACACAGUGCCUGCACACAUAACGUCGGAUGACACACCAACGCCGCCACCACCACCGCCUCCUACGUCACAACAGCAACAACAACAACAGAUGCAACAAUUCCAAUCGGCACCACAGCGACGUCUCGUCAUUUGCCACGAGUGUCGCUCGUGUGCGCCGUUACUCACCUGCCAGAAUCGUAAAUGCUUCAAUGCCGCCAAAUGCAACUCACUGCCCCGCAGCGCAGCGGAUUUCAAUCGACUGCGCACCACACUCGCUCAGCCGCCGACAACGCUCGACGACAUCGAACCGGCGCCGGAGACGCCAUCACCACAAAUGCCCCGUCAUCCGGGCAUGCAAUAUCGCAGCAACUCUCAGCCGAAUACGUUGCAACGUGGUGACUCAGCUGCCGCCUUAUGGCAACAGGACGCAAUGGGCGCGGUGGGGAGCGGUCCUAUGCUGACUACCGGUAUGGCAACGCAUACCAUAUUGUCAAGCUCGCAACCCCCGCUGCCGCCUUCAUCGCUACACAUCACGCAUGCGGCCAAUGGUCGCCACUACUAUAACGGUCGCAACGGUAACGGUAUGUCACAUUUGAAUGGCACCAACGGUAAGCUUAUGAAGUCCGCAUCGGCGGCAUCGUUAAAUUCGCGUCGACGUCGUCACAAAACGGUCCAUUUCGGUGAGAAUUUACUACGCGAAGUCUGUCAAAAUCGUAAACUAAUCAAAACUGAACAAGUUCCGUCCGGUUCGGCGCCGAUGAAGGCCAACAUCCAGAUGCUGUACAAUUUCGUUGAGGGUGUGUUGAGCGCGUGGGUGGACGACGACGAGGAACAGGUGCGUUCCGGUGCCGAAUCAGAGCCCGAACAGGGCACGAUGGCAUUGAAACCGAUUUACCGUUGUAAUCGACUGCGCUAUCAGUGCAUCAAACGUAUCGUCGAGGAGGCGGCAGAGUUGCAUGGCACGCUGAAGUUGGGCAAUUCGCGUUAUCGACACAGACAUUGGCGCAGCACCGCCAAGCAAUGCAACGAAAUGUUUCUGCGAAAGAUAUCUGAUGAUGAUCGAAUGAGCUUAACUACAGCCGUAUCUGAUGAAGAUGAUGGCGAAAGUGUCAUGGCGUCACCAUAUAAAGCAAAGGCAACUGGAACUGCUGCUUCCUCAUUCAACUGUACUGGUGCUGUACGCAAAGCCGGUUUCUUAUCGGUGAAAAAAUGGCUACUCCGCAAAAAGCAUCAAAUCGAAUUGGCACGCAAACGAGGCUGGAAAGGCUAUUGGGUUUGCCUCAAAGGCACCACACUACUCUUCUAUCCGUGCGAUUCACGUGAGGGUCGUAGCGUUGAAGCGGCACCAAAGCAUUUAAUUAUUGUUGAUGGUGCGAUUAUGCAACCAAUACCGGAGCAUCCCAAACGUGAUUAUAUAUUCUGUUUGAGUACAGCAUUCGGUGAUGCGUAUCUAUUCCAGGCGCCAUGUCAGGUUGAAUUAGAAAACUGGGUAAACAGUAUUCACAGCGCCUGCGCUGCGGCAUUUGCACGACACCGUGGCAAAACUGGCACUUUACAUUUGCUACAAGAAGAGAUUUUCCGCUUGGAGAAAGCCAUUGAAUCGGAUCACAAGCUGAAGCACAUGGCUGAGCUGCAGCAAUCCGUUGUCACCGACCAGGAUACGCGCCAUCAAAUACAAACACAAAUCCUACAAUGGGAAGAGAAUUUGGAGCGUCUACAUUGCGAACAGUUCCGCUUGCGUUGCUACAUGGCGUCGCUGCAGAGCGGCGAAUUGCCAAAUCCAAAAUCCUUGCUCACACACGUCUCACGGCCAACUAAGAACACUUUGAAUAAAUUGGGCGUCUUCACUGUAUCCUCAUUUCAUGCAUUCAUAUGUGCUCGUUCGCCAUCUUUGCUGAAUAAUUUAUUGGCCGGACGUGGUGCCACCAAACGUCGACCACCGAUGCUCUCGCGCUCGAAUAGCGGCUCCAGUCGACGUUCAAUGCAGAUGAAUUCACGUGACGAACCGGAAAAAACCUUCAAAGUUGCCAUGCCUGAUAAUGCUUAUGCCACGGUUUAUCUACGUGACGCCAUGUCGGUGGAGGAAUUUUUGGCCAGCGCAUGUGCUCGUCGCAAUCUCAAUCCGAUGGAGCAUUUCGUACGUGUGAAGAAGCGACGUGACAUGGAGGAUCACAACUACUUUGUGCCACAUCGCAAUGAUUUGAUUGAAAAUUACUUGCAUAAUCACGAAUUCGUCGAGGUCUGCAUGAAGAUACUCUAUCAAGUGGAAUUACAUCGCACCACACUCGAGCAAAUGUGGGGCUUCUCUGUCGAGGCGGAACUGAUCGAGAAUGCCGAACGGCAGGAUGAACUCUGCUGCUAUGUCAGCCGAGUGGAGGACAAGAGUGUUGCCAUGCAGAACGGUAUUAUCAAGGGAGACGAAAUAAUGGUGAUCAACGCUGCAAUUGUAUCCGACUUGGAUAUGAUGUAUUUGGAGAGUGUGCUGCAAGAGGAGCAAUCACUAUGCAUGAUGAUGCGCUCAUCACGCACUGAGCCACCAGAUCUAGUUGGCAUUAUGCGCGUCACUGAUGACAUGAUUGAUUCAUUGGUUUGUCCACCGCCACCAUCGGAUCCGCCCGUAAUGAGCGAGGAGAUGAUAUCCGGUUUAAUCGUGCCGGCGCCAGGUUGGAAUGGCACCGGUAAAGAUUUAUAUUCACCUGAGGCCGAAAGCUCACCGGCACCAUCAUCCGUUGAACCGACACCAGCACAAAUGGUCGCUGCCGCCACCAAGCCGACCUCACGUACAAGCAGUUUCGAAAUUGAGAAUCUUCUCAAGACCGCAGAGCAGGUUACCGGAUUUUGUCGUUCACCUCAGGAAACCCGUAAAUCCAGCCCGACCGGUUCUGUCACAUCGUCAGUCUCGAAUGCCGCACUGACACCGUCACGUCAGCUCACCGAUGCUGAGAAAUUGCGCAAGGUCAUUUUGGAGUUGGUCGACACGGAGCGUACUUAUGUUAAGCACUUAAACAAUCUAUUGGAGCACUAUUUGGAACCGAUGAAACGCGAAACAUUCCUAUCGAAUGCCGAAAUUAAUGCACUCUUUGGUAACAUUCACGAAAUUGUCACAUUCCAAAGACAAUUUUUGCAGAAUCUCGAAGAAGCGUUGGAAUUGGAGCCAGACUUUCAUAAUUUCGAGCAUUCUAGUCAGUUCCGGAAUGUGCUCUUUGCGAUCGGUUCGGCUUUCUUGUACUACGUCAACCAUUUCAAGCUAUACUCAUCAUUUUGUGCUAGUCACAGCAAGGCACAGAAGGUUUUGCAUCCAAAUGAAGGUAAUCACGCACUACAGGAAUUCCUUGCCGCACGCAAUCCGAAACAGCAGCACAGUAGCACAUUGGAAUCGUACUUAAUCAAGCCGAUACAGCGCAUCCUCAAGUACCCACUGCUGCUGCAACAGUUGCGCAAUUUAACCGAUUCGCGAGCCGAUGAACACUUGCACUUGUGCGAGGCACUCAAGGGCAUGGAGAAGGUAGCCGAGCAUAUCAAUGAAAUGCAACGAAUCCACGAGGAAUAUGGUGCUAUAUUCGAUCAUUUAUUCCGACAACAUCAGAAGUCAUGCAAGCAGCCCAUCGAUUUGAGUCCAGAUCAUUCGUUCCUCGAUACAGGUGAUCUGCUUUAUUAUGGCGGCGUUGAGUGGCUUAAUAUAUCCGAUUUUCUUGGUAAAAUUAAGAAGGGUCUGGAGUUGCACGCCAUGUGCUUCGUUUUUAAAUCAGCGGUUGUGUUCCUUUGCAAAGAACGUUUGCGUCAAAAGAAGAAACUUAUGGGUGUUUCGAGUAAAAACGCACCUAACGAAGUGGAAAUCAUACGCUAUCAAGUGCUCAUACCCGUCACCGAGGUACAGGUACGUGCCUCUUCCGCCAAAGAUAUGGACUCACACUUCCUAUGGGAAUUGAUACAUUUACGCUCGCAACUACAACGCCGCUCCGAGAAAGUGUACGUACUCUCGAACAGCACGGCCGAUUUUCGUAAUGCAUUCCUCAAGACUAUACGACAAAUCAUACGCGAAAGUGUACGCAACAUGUCCAUACCGAUGAAGGGUUUCGGCAGUAGCGGUUCGGUAUCGGGCAUCUCAUCGCAGGGUGGCGGUUCGGGCAGUUCGCAAACGCUCGAGCGACCAAAGCAACAGAUAACAAUCAUACAAGGCUCGCAGACAUUGGGUAAGCCCAAGAAGAAGUCCGGUUCGCAGCGUCAUUCGGCCGGCAAUAUCGACUAUGAUAAUCUAUCGGGCAGCCAAGAGGCCGACGAUGUGCCCAUGCUGCAUCAUCAGCAUCAGCAACAACAACUACAACCGAGUGGUUUCCGUGGACGCAGCAAGACUGUGGGCGAUGCUACAGAACUAAUGUCCUCCUCCAUAGACCCACAGCAGCAGCAGCAGCAACAACAUCAAAAGCAUAUGCAACACCAUCAACAACAACAGAUGCAUCAUCAUCAUCAGCAAAUGCAUCAGAGCGAUAUUGAACGCAUGGAUCCGGGCACUAAAUCCGAAGGCGAAGAGGACUCCCAGCAGGGCACAAUCAAAGCGAAAGCUACGCUGGGUCGUACACCCAAUCACUUGACAUUGAGCACCACAUCAACCCUCUCGGUUGGCAGCACUGGUAGUCAAGCGCGUUUGAUACAAUCAUCUCAUCCGCCAUCGAGUUAUCAGCCAGUUCUCAUGAAAGAUUUAGGUAAGACUAACUCAAUAACAAACGAACUAUCGUCUUCCCCUCAAGCAGAGUACAUGGAUGCCGCUGGCACAGUGACAGUGAGCUCAUUGUCCGCAGCAAUGGAGGCCACCGAUCAAAUGAUGUUUAUGAUCGAAGAGAUGGGCAUAGAGGUACGGGAGAUGGACGAGCAGAUGGUAGAGCAAGAGGAGGAGGACGAGGAGGACGAUGUCGACGAACGGCAGAUGAGACAGCAACAGCAGGAAGAAAUGGAUUACAUAUUGGAAUCAGAGUUGCAAGCUGCAUCCGUAGCAGCAGCUUUUAACUUAAGUUUAGGUAGUAGUAGUAAUAGUAUUGGUAGAGUAAUAUAUACAACCAAUAACGUUACUGGCACCACUAGUGGUUUAACAAGUAGAGUUAGUGAUGCCAGCACUGGCAGUGGUAACGGUAAUAAUCAUAAUUUACAUUGUGUGGCAACGCCAAAACGCUUGUCACCACGACAAUCGCCCAAAGCAGAUAUCGAAGUAAUUGAGAUUUUCGCCAAUGAGUUAAGUCAGCUGACCGCCGCUCAGCAAGUAUCGGUUGUGCAUCAUUCAGCAAAAGAGUCUUCCAAAAAAACGUCAAGUAGUCGUCAAGCCAGUGUCAGCAGCAGUGGCAGUGGCAGCGGUAGUAGUAGUAACGGUGCUAGCGCUGCUUCGCACACACAUGUUGUCGACAAGCAUUUGAGUGAUCUCGAGCAUGAGCAGCUCAGCGACACCACAUACGACAUCGCCGCCUAUAUGGCCAACCUGAAAGAGCAGGCGCUCGAAUCACAGGAUCUACAAAUGGACGCGCAAGAUCAACAACAAAAUGAUUCGAGCUUGUCGCCGGAACCGCAAACAGUCGUGGAGAAUACACAGCAAACCGUAGUGGCCGAAAUAGAGUCACCACCACGGCCGGCUACAGAGUCCGAUAGUACUGGCACCACGACGGGCACUUCGGAAAAAUCCGAAGAUGAAUCGGAAGAUGCCAGAACGUUGGCCAAACAUCAUGUGAUCAUCGACAAGAAGGUCGAUAAAGUUUUCAAAUCGAAGUCUUCAGAGAAAGCACAAAAAUCGAGUAGUGGCAGUAGUAGUAGCAUUGCCAGCACUGGCGCCAAACCAAAGACCACAAAAUCGCCACGUCAAAGCAUAUACAUUUCACCCGACCGCUCCAAGUCACAAGGUAGUUCACCGGUACGCAUAAUUAAGAUAAAGUCACCACGCACCAGUGUCAGUGAUCAGGGUAAACGUCUUAGCGUUAGCUCAAGUCGCGACUCUUCAGCCGACCGCUUGUCCAGCGGACGCCGCACACCCAGUCCACGUCGCAGCUCUGAAGGUAGUGGUAUACUGAAACGGCCUGCCAGUCCCGCUGGCGGCAUACUGAAACCACCACCUAGCCCCAGUAAAUCGAAAAGUCCAGACCGCAGCUGCCUCAAGAAGCUGACACCCUCACAUGACUGUAGCGUCGAAUCGCUUUCGCCGCAUAUAUCACCGCGCGACAGCAUCGAACACCUGUCGCCCGAUCGCGCCGGUGCCAGUCUGUGUCAGCGUCAUUCACCGCGCAGCAGCUUCGACAGUCGCAGCUCCGAACCGAAUCUCGAUAUACCACGUUCAUCGCUCAAAUCGCCACGCGGCAGUUUCGAAUCGCGUUCGCCGGAACGCAGCAGCCGCAAACGCAGUCAAUCGGCGCACGGCAGCUUUGAGACGGGACAACGCGCCGCUGCGCUGGCCGCACAAGAAGCCUACUACCAAUAUUAUCCUAUUUAUGAUAAUCAAACAUGUAGCGAUCAUUAUAUAUCGGCCGCUACAACAACACAUAUGCCACGCGAUAUCGGCACCAACACAAGCACGCGUCGUCUAAGUAAAUCUUUGGAGCGUUCCACAUCGCGCGAAAGCACUACAAGCAGCUCCUACCGUUAUGGCGUAUCACCCGAACGUAUUUACACAAUAAACACCAUGGGCGCCAGCGCAGGACCACUGCGUUCGCAAUCAGCUGAAAAUGCAUUUGCGCACUGCGCUUACGAUCCACAUACGGGUCAGCACUAUCAAAUGCCGCCGCCACAGGAAACCAUUGCGACAGCAGCACCGCCAGCUGCCUUCAUGUACGCGCACGAACCGCAAUGUCCACACGAACACAUGUCGUCGGCCUAUCAGCUGAGCUCGUCGGCACCCGAGUACACAACAUGCAUUGACUGUUUGUAUCAGAAGCGUCCCUCCUAGCAUAAGGCCCGCGUACGGCAGAGUCGUACGCGGAAGAAGACACCACGCGGCGUCGUGCAGCCACCGACGGCCACGGCGUCGGGCAUGAUUUGUGCGGCUAGCUUUGAUCCCGACGCCGCAGUGGCGGCGGGCGCCAGCGAGGCGAGCGGUUGUGUGGACUGUCAUGACUACUAUGAGAUACAUGUUUAAGCGGGGAACGCGAAGUCGCAAGCAUAAUCAAAACUGAAAAUCAAAAACAUCGCCCUCUAAUUACAACAUACCAUAUAUUAAACUACCCAAAAAUCCCGUUAGUCGGUAUAACAGAAACAAAAAAACGUACGCAAAGUAAACUCGUUGCCAUCCAAAGAUCCUCAACUGACAAUUUACAUGGACCAUAUAUACACACAUAUAUAUUUGUAUAUGUGUAUGCAAAAACGCUAUUGUUGUUCGACACAGGGAUUUUUGAAACAAAAACAAAAGCAAAAGCAACAACAAUUUAUAUAAAUGUAUAUGUACAUUUUCGUAUUUGUGAAUGUCCUUCAGAGUUUAGACAUAAGGAUUAGCUUGUAGGUUGCAAGGUUUAAUUUUUCAUUUGAAUUUUCAUCACUAAUACAUACUUAUAUUCAUACGUAUGUAUAUCUUGUAUACCAAAAUCUGAUUUAAUUAAUUUUUUACAAAUUUGUUUACUUCGAGGUAAAACAAAAAUUUGAAAUCAAAAAUAUAAAGGCAUCAAAGUGCUGAGAAUUUAUGUUGUUGUAGUACUACUGCUGAAAGAAUAUGAAUAUAUACAUCUGUUUUUUGUCAAUACGUAAUUAGUUUGUAUGUGUAGAUAUAUUUAACGGUUAAGUAACCGAAAUUACAUUUACAAAAUUCAAGCGAAAAUCUGUACAUUGGCCGUAGAACAGUUAGGUAUUACAAUAACAAAAGCUUAUAUUGUAAAUAACAGUACAUUGUACACUGUACAGGGAUAAUACCGUAAAUUUAGUAGUAACCCAAUAAAAAUAACAACAACAAACGCGUAAAAAUUGUCUUAUAAAACUUUGAUUCACAAAAGUCGAUCUCAUGUGUCUUCCACUACACGUGUUUAAAUUUUGAGGUUAGAACUCUUUUCUUAAUUACAAAGUCAUACCGUAUUUUAUUUGGAUAUUCUCAAAAACAUAAUACGAGUGAAUAUUUUUCUUUUUAAUAAUUGCAAGUCUGUUCUAAACGAAGCUUUGUAACCACACCACCCUUGGAAGUCAAAAAUUUCUAUCUAUAUACUAUACAUACCAUUGACGCUGGCAAAAUAAGCUUAAGCAAUAGAAACUAAGCAACGUGGGUACCAUAUCGAUCUUGCUGGGGUACCUUGAAAUAAUAUUUCAAAAAAGCUUAGUAUAUCCCUUUAUAAAGAGUAAGAAUCGUCUCUAUUCCGGAGUAUCCUGAAGUUAUACUUAAAUAAAAAUUACAAAACUUCGAAAAAAUUGAGUUUAUCCCAAUAUAAAGGUCUCGUGAAUUAUAAUCAUCCCUAUUCCGUAGUAUCCUGAA